UCUCACACGAGGGAUGUUAACAAGCAUUAUUUUACUCUCGUCGUAGAACUUUUGUAAAAGACGAAAGUGUCGAACGAUCAAAAUCAUUAGGAAAGACUGAUAUUGUCGGUGUCGAAAAACGGCCGCGUAUAUAGCAAGUUAGCAUAAUGGCAUUGAACCCUCAGUAUGAAGUUAUCGGAAAGGGUUUCGUGCAGCAGUAUUAUGCACUGUUUGACGAUCCUGCACAGAGACCAAGUUUAAUAAAUAUGUAUAAUACCGAGUCGUCUUUCAUGACGUUUGAAGGUUUGCAAAUACAGGGUGCUAUUAAAAUCAUGGAAAAAUUAACUAGUUUAUCAUUUCAAAAAAUUAAUCGGAUAAUUACUGCCAUUGAUUCGCAACCAAUGUUUGAUGGUGGUGUACUCAUUAAUGUUUUAGGAAGGUUGCAGGCAGAUGAAGAUCCACCACAUGCCUUCUCACAGGUUUUUGUGCUGAAGCCACUGGGGAAUUCAUUCUUCUGUCAACACGACAUCUUCCGCCUUGGCAUUCAUGAUACCGCAUGAAGAAAAGUGUGCGCAGGUUCAUAAUUAAUGGCAGACAGUCAUCUGAGCCAUGGAAUCUCCAGAGAUUGGAAUAAGUGAGCUACUCUAUCAUUAAAAUCUUUUGUCAUCACGUAUUAUCCCAUUCUUUCUAGAUACUACAGUUUUUAUAUGAAGAAUAUUCGCUUAUAUCCUUGGCCACAAAAAGGAAAAAUAUUAAAAAUAGACACAGUUUAACAAUUCUCUCGCUUUUCUGAGUUUCUUAAUUCUUAAAUAUGUCUAUUGUUGAUAACACUGUUACAAUAUUGACAUCACAAUACAAUAGAAUGUAACAUUAUAUAAUGUUUGAUUUUAAUGGUCGAUUAUUACGCUUGAAAUUGUACUGUUACA